UGUGAGAAACAAUGAGUUAAGUGGCGCCUUCCCUAUGUCAAUCAUAAAUUGUAAGAUAUUACAAGUACUAGAUAUCGGCCAUAACAAAUUUGCUGGGCAUAUUCCAUGGUCAGUUGGAAAUCUAUCAGCCCUUAAAGUGCUGAUGAUGAAUGAUAACUCUUUCAGAGGCAGCAUUCCUUCAGAAAUUGUCCAACUCAAGCAGCUCCAGAUCUUAGACCUUUCGUCUAACAAUAUAUCAGGUGUUAUUCCACACAGCCUUGGAUCUCUAAAAGCAAUGACUCUACCAAGAGAAGACGGCCAUAUAUUAUCUUCUCAGCUGAACCCAUUUCAAGUAAUUACAAAAGACAAUGGCGUUAAGUCAUAUUCUGGGAUUGGUCCUAUUGAGUCAAUUAUAUAUCAAGUUCCGUCUCAUGAUGAAUUGGACAUGACUGUAAAAGGCUUAGAUCUGAAGUAUGCGUAUAUUUUUUCCACUCUCACAGGUAUGGAUCUUUCCAAUAACCAAUUAAACGGAAAGAUUCCGUGGGAUUUUGGAAAGUUGAAGGGGUUAAGGUAUCUCAAUCUGUCAAUGAAUAAUCUCAGUGGAAUUAUUCCACCCAGUUUGGGGGAUAUGACUGAACUAGAGUCACUGGAUCUUUCAACAAAUAGGCUUUCUGGAAAGAUUCCUGAAGAAAUUGAACUGGCGACUUCAUUGGCGGUCUUAAAUUUGUCCAACAACAACCUCUCAGGCAGCAUACCUCAAGGACAACAGAUGACCACAUUUCCAAACACAUCAUAUUCUGGGAAUCCAUAUCUGGAAGGAUGCCCACUUCCAAAGAAAUGUUCUUGGCCAGAGUUUACUCACCAUCCUCCCCCAAAUGAUAUGGAAAACAGAAAUGCAGAUCAUAGAAAGCAUAUAGUAUGGUAUUAUAUUGGAGUAGGAUUGUCACAUGUAGCAGGUUAUUGCUGUGUAAUGUUCUUGCUUGCACUGAGAAAGGGAUGGAGACAGAAAUACUUCAAGUGGGUAGAUAAGAUUUUGAAGUUUCUGUUUCCUUGCAUACGCAACAGGAGAUUAUGAAGGUUCAAUUUGCCAACAAGAUGAAGCAGAAGUAUGCCCCAACGCUGGAUGCUUGAGGUUGCUUAUUCAAAUUCAUUAUAUUCUGUAUUCUCAAAGUCUAGUAUUAAGGUGCAAAAUCAUAAAUAACAAGAGCUGUGAGACAGCAUGAG